UACUUUUUCAUUUGCUUAUAAAAUUCCAAAAAACACAAUAAUAAUUCGAUCGAAAUUUAAAAACCCCUAAAAAUAAUAUGAAUCCAAGAGGCCCAUUAAUGUUUGCCGGUGGAGAGACAAACUCUGAAAGUUUAUUUGAAAAAGUAAUGGUGGAAAGAUAAAAGACAGCACCAAGCUCCAGUAAUGGCUGCUGGAAUCAUAUGAAUGUAAAUUCCAUCUUUUUCAUUCCUUAUUUAUUCCUCCUAUUUCUUCCGUCAAGUCCAAAGCUUCUUCAACGUUCAUCUUCUUCCACCGUUUUCGAACUAACAGAGCAUGGAUCCGGCUGCCACUGGAGUCACCGUCGCCGGAAACGGUGCAGAUCCAGCCAAAACGACGACGUUUCCAGAAGAAUUUCUAAAACGAACAUUUUCGUUGAUAAACUCCGAUAAGGACCGUAACUCGGUGUCACUCGUAUGCAAGGACUGGUACAACGUGGAGCGAAUGAGCAGGCGCCACGUGUCAAUCCGGAACUGCUACUCCGUUUCGCCGGAGAUUGUAACCGCUAGGUUUCCGGCAAUCCGGAGCGUGACGCUGAAAGGUAAACCGAGGUUUUCGGAUUUCAAUCUGGUGCCGGACGAUUGGGGAGCGGAUGUGCAACCGUGGCUGAAUGUUUUCGCGACUGCGUAUCCGUUCCUGGAGGAGCUUAGGUUGAAGCGAAUGGCGGUUAGUGAUGAGAGUUUGGAGUUUUUGGCUCUUAAUUUUGAUGAUUUUAAAGCUUUGUCUAUGUUGAGUUGUGAGGGAUUUAGUACUCUUGGAUUGGAAGCUAUUGCUACUCAUUGCAAAAGCUUGACAGAACUAGACAUACAAGAGAAUGGGAUUGAUGAUCUUGGUGGAGACUGGUUAAGUUUCUUCCCAGAAAACUUAACCUCGUUAGAAGUUCUCAAUUUCUCAACCUUGACUAGUGAAGUCAGUUUUGAUGCUCUGGAGAGCCUCGUUUCUAGAUGCAAAUCGUUACGAGUUUUGAAAGUUAAUCGUAAAAUAAAUUUGGAGCAAUUGGGAAAGCUUCUUGUGCUUGCACCGCAGUUGAUUGAGCUUGGUACUGGUACGUUCUUGGAAGAACUCAUGUCUGGUUCAGUCAACGGGCUUGAAAACGCUUUCAGUAAAUGCGGAAAUCUUGUUACGCUUUCGGGUUUUUGGGAUGCUACUUUGCUUCAUCUACCGGUUGUAUAUCCUGUGUGUGGUAAUUUGACGUUUUUGAAUCUGAGUUAUGCAAAUAUCGGGCCUGAUGAACUUGAACAGAUUCUUAGUCGAUCCAAGCGGCUAGUUCGCCUUUGGGUUGUGGAUACGGUAGGGGACAAGGGUUUAGAAGCAGUUGGGUCCCACUGCCCGUUGCUAGAAGAGCUUCGAGUCUUCCCGGUUGACCCUUUCGACCAACAACUUGGUGUGACCGAGUCGGGUCUUGUGGCGGUAUCUAAAGGCUGUCCGAAGCUACAUUACAUACUCUACUUCUGCCAAAGAAUGACAAAUGCUGCUGUGAUCACGGUUGCCCAAAAUUGCCCGAAUUUCACUCACUUCCGUCUUUGCAUAAUGAACCCGAGUGAACCAGAUUACCUAACUAACGAGCCCAUGGACGAGGCCUUUGGUGCCAUUGUGAAAACAUGUACCAAGCUACAACGGCUUUCGGUUUCUGGCCUGUUAACCGACCUGGCUUUCGAGUAUAUCGGGAAAUACGCGAAAAACUUGGAGACACUAUCCGUAGCUUUUGCAGGCGAUAGUGAUUUGGGGAUGGAGUAUGUGAUGAGAGGCUGCCCGAAACUAAAAAGAGUCGAGAUACGAGACUGCCCGUUUGGAGAUUCUGCUUUGCUUUCGGGUUUGACCCAAUACGAGUCAAUGCGAUCUUUAUGGAUGUCAGAUUGUAACGUGACUAUGGACGGGUGUAAGAAGUUGGCUGAAGAGAUGAGUAGGUUGAAUGUUGAGGUGAUCAAAGAUGAAGGUGGUGAUGAUAGGCUUGCUAAUAAGGUUUAUGUGUAUCGAACCGUUGCUGGACCGCGAAAGGAUGCACCACCUUUUGUUGUGACCCUUUAGGUUCAACGAACCGAAUGUGGUUAGCUAGCUCGAGUAUCGUUAGGAACCCGUCGCUUAGUUGUUCCAUCGCUAUCGAUAUUUAUGUUUGAUCUUGUUUUUUUUUUCUUCUGAGAGAGAAAAUUAUUAGACAGUGUGUUAAGUCAUUUAACUGUUUAAGGUGAUUGAUUUAGUUAACCUUGUUUUGAGUCUUGUGCUUAAAACUCAAGCUUUACUAAUUUUUAAAAAUUGAAAUAUCUACUAAUUAGCUUUUUUAAAA